AUGGUUCGCACUCACCCCGACGACGGAAGAGACCAGCCCUGGUCACCGCAAAACAACGAAGGAUAUAGCGUUCCAACGAACACUGCAUGGGUGAGAGGCCCUGGCGUCAACGAGAUUCGGCAGCAGUACGGAGUCCAGCUAACUCCAAGAUCGGAUAUGUAUACCACCAAUUGGAGCCACGAAGCAUUCGCAAGCACAAAUACCAACGCUGUGCCAUACCAUCUAGGCGGUGGGUUCCAAGAAUUAACUGCAGCAACGUACAACGCUACUGGCAGUGGUAGUGAAUGGCGAAGCCCGCAAGCUGGUCAACAGCGUCAAAUAUAUCCUCCUGGCCAUGGACUGCCUGAGAACUAUCAGUAUGAAUAUCAGAGAACCUCUUACCCAGACCAUGGCUACCAUUCAACAACCAAAGGACAAGAUGGUAGAUCGUCGUAUGCGCCCCAGGCAGGGCGGCUUACGGCCCAAGAAAUCGAGAGCUUGAACAUUUAUGAUCCUUCGACAGCCAGCGCGUCAACAUCUCCUCACAAUCCAAGCUCGAACGGCACGCAGUACAACUCAACCGAAGGACAACAAACAGGCGAGGACACCAGUGUCGCUUGUCCCUAUCACUGUGGAACGGUACUGACGGGCAUGUAUGCACAUGGGAACCUAACACGUCACUUGAAAUCGCAAGCCUGCGAAGGGUCAGGUAAAGAAAAAGUGAAAUACCCCUGCCCAAUCUCAGGUUGCGGCAAAGAGUACAUUCGGAAGGAUGGUCUGAGUGUGCACAUGCGGAGGCAGCACGGCGCUCCUCCAGCCUCCCAAGUACGAAUAUGA